AUGGCACGGCCCGCAACGCUGCUGGCCGCCGCCCUGGCGCUGUGCCUGCUGCUGGCGCCGACCGGCCUCGCGUGGUACAAGACGGCGGCCGGGCCCAGCCUCUACUCGGUGGGCCGCGCCGCGGGGCUGCUGUCCGGCCUCCGCAGGUCCCUGGACGCGCGGCGCGCCGAGUCCCCCGUGGGCGCGGGACCCCCGGUCCAGGCCGCCGCCUUCCCGGAGCUGCGCCCCAGACUGCGGAGCCUCAUCCUGUGCGUCAAGGACGUCACCCCGAAGCUGCAGAGCUGCGAGAGGCUCCCCGACGGCCACGCCACUCUCCAGUGCAAGGCGGACGUCUUCCUGUCGCUCCGCGCCGCUGACUGUCGCAGCACCUGAGCCCGACCCGG